CUUUUUGCUGACAGUACCACAAAAAAUCGUUUUGUUUACGUUCUUUUGUAAGCAACUAAAAAUGGGCAAAAGUGAGAAAAAAUCAAAGAAAAAGCACAAGGAAAAGCGCAGGGAGCACAAGGACAAGCACAAGUCAAGAAAGUCAAAAAAGCACAGCCGGAAAAAGGAGGAGUCCCCUCCGCCAGCUCCUCCGCAGCCAAAGCAGCCCGAAAGUGGCAGCGAGGAGGAGGACUUUGCCAUCCCAAUAGCACUGAUGAACAGCAAGUCGCAUGCACCAGAAACUCCGGAAGAAUACCAGCGCCGGCAGAGCCAAAUUCGCAGGGAGGUGGAUCCGGUCACAGGACGAGUCCGCCUCAUUAAGGGCGACAGCGAGGUGUUGGAGGAGAUCGUGACCAAGGAGCGCCACGCCGAGAUUAACAAGAAGGCCACACGCGGAGAUGGGGAGUUUUACGAGUCCAGAUCUCUGGACGCCGCCAGGCGUCGUAAAUAGCUCAUAGCAAAAACCAAAGGACAUUUAAUUUGUCUUGUAGUAAUAAUUAAUAACUGUCAGUUUAAUUAAACAAAAGGCUAGCUAGCGACUACAUAUAUGUACACGCGAAA